UCCGCUCUUCCAUCUUCUUCGCGUCACCUUCUUCCUCACCUGUACAACUCGAGCUGCUGCUUCUUCGGCUACAGAGUCUUGACGACCUCCCGCCGGCUACACCUUGCUCGAGUUUCCAUCGCCUACUCCGACUACAUUCCACGCCAAGCAAUGGAAAACACCCCGCCAGGCCCCGCGCGCUUGCCGACGCGUCCACAAGACGAACUCCCGCUCGAGCAUCGUUUGAGCGAGUUUCAGACGCCGGACGCUCGGCGAGUCGACACGGGCGAGACGCGAAUCAGCAAGCGAGCCCUCGGGGAGUUGCGGAACGAUGUGCGGCGCGGCGAGGAUAUGCGCGAGAACGACGGACAGUCCAAACUUGAAAAGCCUGGUAAGGACAACCGAAUGCGGGGGGAAGGACUCGGAGCUGUGACAGUGGCCAGCUUGCGGGAGCGGCUUCAGGACUCGCUGGAAGACAACGCUGGAUUGAAAUCGCGAACUUUCUGCUGCGCUGGAAGGGAUACAUGUCAUGUACAACCGGCUGGCCCAAACAACCAGCACGCUUCGCGGGGAAAACAAGUUGUUGGCGGCGCACGAAGACCAAAGGAUCCCAGCUGUCGGCCGUGA